AUGGCAUCACCAUCCUCAAAAUGCCACCCAUUCCAAUCCAAGAACAAGCCCCUGCAAUUGGCUUGGAAUUUCUUCGCGAAUCUACUCUUUGGCACCAUCCCACUUGGAAUCAUUCAACUUUCCAAACUCGUUUAUCCUAAUUUGUCAUACAAUCUCUUGUCUGGGAGCAUCACUCCAGAGAUUGACCUUCUAACAAAUCUCAAUACCUUGCACCUUGCAGCAAAUAAGUUAAACGGCUCAAUUCCUCCAGAAAUAGGCCAUUUGGUUGAACUUUACAUAGAUUCCAACAGUCUAUCAAGUCCCAUCCCUUCCACUUUUGGGAAUUUGAAAUACCUAACUGUGUUGCAUAUGUUCCAAAAUAAACUUUCUGGUCCAAUUCCUCAGCAAAUCGGAAACCUGAAGUCUCUGAACAAGCUAAGCCUUUGGGGAAACUAUCUUUCUGGUCCAAUUCCAACAACACUAUGUGGUCUGACAAAUCUCACCCUUCUUCAUCUCUAUGAAAAUAAACUCUCUGGCCCAAUUCCUAAUGAGGUGGGAAACUUGAAGUUUAUUUCUGAUAUGGAGUUGAGUGAAAAUCAACUUAGUGGUCCUAUCUCAGCUUCCUUGGGCAACAAAAUAACGGGUACAAUUCCACCUGAAAUUGGAAAUGCAGCUCAGAUAAAAGGACUUGAUCUUUCUUCGAAUAAAAUAGCUGGGAGCAUCCCCAAGGACUUGGGGAAAUUAACUUCUUUGGUUAAGAUGGAGAAGUUAACUCACUUAUCGGGGUUGGACUUAAGCCGCAACUUUCUCAUAGGAAAGAUACCAUCACAAUUGAGUAGUUUAGAGAGCUUGGAGACGCUGAAUCUAUCCCACAAUAACCUGUCUGGUUCUAUUCGAGAUAGUUUCCAAGAUAUGCAAGCACGCAGUAAAGGGCGCGGGAACCAUCCACUGCUAAGGCCACUGGAAUUGUAUCACUACCAAAAGAUAAACUUUUCUUGGGGUUUUGCAUUUGUGAGGUUUAAAUACGAGGAUGAUGAGCGAAAGGCCGCGAAAAGGUUUGAUGGAAGAGUUGUUGAUGGAAGAGAGAUUAUAGUUCAGUUUGCAAAAUACGACCCUAAUGAUGAGCGAAUGUGA